UCCUCUCGAUCUAUCUCCUUCUUCCUGGGCCUCAACAACGCUUCAAGUUUCAGACCAAUUAACUUCCUUUGCUCUCAUGGCCGAGUCCAAGCCGGCCAAUCCCAAUGGAGCCUACUAUGGUGGUGCUCAAGGGAUCCCAACCCCUCCCCAGAACCCCCCACAGGCCUACUACAGCCACGGCCGCGGCCACCGCUCCUGCGGCUGCUGCUGCAUCAUAGGCACCUUACUCAAGCUCAUCGUCUCCAUUGUUGUCAUUCUUGGCAUCGCCGCUCUCAUCAUCUGGCUCGUGCUCCGGCCAUCGGCAGUCAAGUUCUACGUAGAAGAUGUAUCGCUGACGCAAUUCAACCUGGCGAACACGAGCACUCUGCACUACGAUCUCAAACUGAAUGUUAGCAUCAGGAACCCCAACAGGAAGAUCGGGAUCGACUACGACAAGCUCGAGGUGGCGGCGUACUACGCCGAUGAGCGUUUCGGAUGGGUUCAGCUGCCUGGUUUCUAUCAGGGGCAUAAGAACACCUCCAUACUGCAGACUGCCUUCAAGGGGCAAUCUUUGAUGGUUCCUGGUGACUCCAUUGCUAAUAUCUUCAAUGAACAGAAAGCAAGCGGAUCUUACUAUGUAGACGUGAAGAUUAAGCCCAAGAUGAGGUUCAAGAUUGGGCAAUUGAAGACAACCAAGUAUAGCCCAAAUGUUUGGUGCUACCUGGAGGUUCCGUUGAACUCCGUGAACUCAUCAUCACCUGCCACUGGUGGGUUCACAAGGACCAAAUGUGAUGUGGACUACUUUUAGGUUUUUGGGUUUUUUUUUUUUUCUUUUCAUUCUUUUUUAUGUCCACAUUUGUUCUUGUUAUGUGCUUUUGGACAGAUCUUGCUGUGUUCAUUAGAUGCGUUUAGUGAUUAAGAUUCUUCUCUUUUUUUGGUCUUUUUGUGUGUAUAUCAGUAUGUAAUAAAACUCAUUUUCUUUACAGAGGA